UUCAUAAAGGAGAAUCCAUUUUACCGUUUGUUUCACUCGUCGCCGAACAGACUGUGAAGGAGUGCUUGGUGUUGUGUGUUUCACAAGGGUGUAUACAGAAUAUUCAAGAUGUCUGAUGAAGGGAAGCUUUUCGUUGGCGGGCUCAGCUUCGACACCAAUGAGGAGUCUUUGGAGGAGGCGUUUUCAAAAUAUGGCAGUAUAACUAAAGUGGAUGUGAUCAGAGACAGGGAGACCCAGAGGUCCAGGGGAUUUGGGUUUGUGACAUUUGAGAAUCCGGAGGAUGCAAAGGAUGCCAUGACUGCAAUGAAUGGCAAGUCUGUUGAUGGGAGGAUGAUUCGUGUGGAUGAAGCUGGCAAGUCUGGAUCAAGAUCCGGUGGUGGCUUCAGAGGUGGACCAGGUGGUGGCAGAGGAGGAGGAUUCUUCAGAGGGGGUAGAGGAAGAGGUGGGCGUGGUUAUUUGGGAGGGAGUGGAGGCUACGGUGGAGACCGUGCCUAUGGUGGAGACCGCAGCUAUGGCAGCGGUGACAGGAGCUACGGCGGAGACAGAGGCUAUGGUGGCGGCGAAAGGAGUUACGGAGGUGGCUAUUCCAACAGAAACGGGAGUGGUGGUUAUUCUUCUGGAGGUGGUGGAGGAUAUUACAAUAGAGAUAACAGGAGUCAAGGGGGCUAUGGUGACCGCUCGGGGGGUUCCUAUAGAGACAGCUAUGACAGCUAUGCUACACGCGAGUAAAAAUCUUCCUGAUAUCAAGAUCGUCCCUUCGCUGGCUGUAUUUGUAAAGAUGUGCUUCGAAGACUUUUUUUCCUCUACAAGUGUUGGUUGUAAACUGGUUGUAGCCUCUUCCUUUAAAGCAGCCUGAUCUAUCUAAAAGUGGCUCUUUAAAGUGUUCAAGCUAAGCAUUUCAGUGCAGGAUUUUGUCCUAGGCGAGGUAUCAAAUCUUGAAACAUUUAAUUUGAAUUGUAACUGAAAAUUGAUGCUCAAAAGAUGCUCAAGGUUUCCUUUGCCAUAAAUUCACAUUACAUUCCUGGUUCCCUGGGGAUGUGUUUUAGGGAAACCUAUUUUUAUGGAUGUAUUUAUACAGAAACUUUGUUUUUCAUUUUCCUGUUUGGUCUUAAGUUUGAUAUUUGAUCCUGUUCAACACAGCCUGGUAGCUUCUUAAAGAUUCAAUUUGUAACCAUUUAAUGUCGGUGAAUUUUCCCAAUCUCUAUCCUGGAAUGAGGAAAAAAAUCCCACCUUCGAAAUUUUCAAUUGAGCGUUUUUUUUCCCUCUAGAAGCUUUACAAGCUGUGAUGUUCUACAACAAGGCUUUGUGCGCCUUAAUCUGUAAUGCAUUCCUUUAGUGUAGCAAGGCAGGAAUGCUGUCUGGGAGCACCAGUUUCCAGCAGACCUCCUUGAUAUGGCUAAAGAUUUGUAAAUAUUCAGUAUUCAAAGAGUGAAUUACUUUCAGACUGGUGAAACUGAACCUGAAGUUGGCCAGCUGUUCACAUGGGGUGCUAAUUGCAACCUGCAGCAGUCUGCCAGAGGUAUUUUGCUCUUUGCAACCUGUGCAUUUUUAAUAUGCUCUGCUGUGGAACUAUAAUGAACGACCUCUUAAAAUGUUACUACCAAUAUUCCUUUUGGGAAAGAAAUGUGCUUUCUGUUCUGUGUACCAACCUUGAAGAUACUUUUUUGUUUUUGUAAAUUUCGGCUUCAUGAAGCCUAUUAAACAAUUCGAUGAAAAUGCUCUGA